CAAAGAGAAUAGUCGGUUUACUUUUACAUGAAAAUAUGCGUAAUUUCUUUAAACAAAAUAUCUGUCCCCUCAUCAUAUCAGGACAGAUAAAACAGUGAAUGAGUGACUUUUCAUGCCAUUUCAAUAAUAUUCCUUAUAAGUGAAUACUUAUUUAGGUCGUAAUGGCGCUUGUAUGUGAUAUUAAAAGCCCAAGCCUCUGACGUCACGGUUCAAAAUACAACUUACACAUCCUGUUGACCUUGAAAUAUUUAGAAAUCAAUACACGAGCUCGAGCGCCACCUUCUGUGAAGCAUCCACGUGCAUGGCGCGAAAAUUUAAAUUUAAUCUCGCCACAGUUCCAAGGAGCAUAAGGAUUUAAAACAAAAUUUUGAUAGUCGGCUACACAAAAUAUUUUAGUAUGCAAAACAGCAAUACUUCCCAGGAGGACUCAGCCGAAAAAAUUGAUCCUCUGGACUUGGAAGACGGUGAAAUAGAAGACGAUGAAGAAGAACCACCCGCGCCUGAAGUUCCGGUUGCCGAAGAGCUUCCGGUUGUGGAGGAUCCAGUUCCCAUUAAUCAGCCAGAUGAAGCUUCACCACAACAUGAACCGGUUGUUCAUGGUGAAAAGAAAAAAGGGAAAGACCGAUCUGAACGAUCGGAAAAAAGAAGACACGAAGAAAAGAAAGAAAAGAAACACAUGACUGAGGCGGAGAAGAGUAUAUUGCAUUUGAGGAAAAGAGAGGAAAUGCAAAGGAAGAAAUGGGAGAAGAUGAGACCCAAAGAUCCAGAUGUUUUAGAUGAUGACUUUGCCAAAAAUAUUGAGAAAACAUUAGCCACAAUAUUAAAUAAGAAAGAAAAAGAAGCAGCGGGCCUUGCUAGCGCAAGUGGUGAAGAUGCAGAAAAAGAAAGAGAUCCAAGUGAAGACAAACGUGAAGAGAAACGUGGAAAGAAGCGGCGGAAAAGCGAAAGGGAUAGAAAACAUAAGCAAAGAAAGCUGCACUCUCCGAAGUUAGAUGUCAUAGAUGAAAACGACAUUGUUGACAUGCGAGGUGGAAGUCCGAAAUUAGAAAACAGGCUGGAUUUUGCCCAUUCCGGUCAUUCGGAGGAGAGUAAUGAGUCGGAACACGCAGAAGACCAGAAUAAAGUUCACGACAGAGAUGGGAAAAGGAAAAAGAAAAAGAAUAAAGGCCGAGAUAGGGACAGGAUGAAAAAUAGAGGAGAUAACCAAGGUGAUCAACAUCUUAAGGACGCACAAGGAGUUUGUGUCUUUUAUCUCCAAGGAAAGUGUCAAAAGAGCGAUUGUCCCUAUUCACACGAGGCUGUUCCCCCAAUGAAACUGGAACUCUGCAAGUUCUAUCUGAUGGAUUGUUGCGCUAAAGGUGACAAAUGUUCUUAUAUGCAUUCUGAAUUUCCUUGUAAAUUUUACCAUACAGGUUUGAAGUGUGCCCAAGAGGACGACUGCAAGUUCGCGCACGGAAGGCCGUUAUCUGAAAGUCUGAAACAGAUUCUGUUCAAACACAUAGAAACAGCUCCUCGAGAGAUACUAGGCGGUUUCCCACGUAUGAAUCGCGAGGAAGCAUUGAACAUGAUCAACGAAAGACAAGUCAAACUUUACGACCAAGAGAAAGGACCUGGAGCUGAAAACAAACCGGAAGGUAAAGGUGGAAUACCGUCUUUGUUUGAUAUUAACGUACCCAUACCCCAUGAGUUGUUGCAAGGAUGUGAUGAUCCUAAGAAAAUGGACAAAUCCAGAAAUAGGCAUUCCAGAUGGCAGGAACCUGAAAAUUCUUCGAUUCCUAAUGACUUUCCUCUAAAAGCAUUCAGUUAUGGACAAGAUCAGGACAUGAGGAUUACAAGUAAUGGAGAUAUAGACAUGAGAACAUUGCCGCCCAGUCUGACAAGUUUACCCCCACCGAAAUUAUCUUUGACGAACAAAUUCCCGGACAGUCACAACAUAGACAUCGAAAAAUACAAACGUGAAGCGGGAAUAUUGCAAAGUUCGAAACAGGACGUAGAUAUUCGUUCUUCUAUAUUACCCUUAUCUUCCUCAACAAAAGACACUGACAUUAGGCACCAGUCAUUACUGGCAACCAAAGACAUAGAUAUAAGACAAAUGCCUCCAGCAUUUGGUAAGUCCAUAGCAACGUCUAAUGUAGAAAACGACCAAGAAGAUGAACCGAUGCUUCAGAUCGAUACUGAGGAUGAUAAAAAGGAAGAAACGUCUCUUCUGCCAGACUUGCCAAAAACGCAAAGGGAUUUGUACAUGCGAAUUCAAGCCCACCAAAAGGACAGUGUUACUGUUACUGAGAGCAAAAAAGAUUUUGAAUUAGAUGAAAAUAUUAAUUGGUAUUCGGAUGACGACGAUGAAGAUGAUGAUAAUAGAUUGACUAUUAAAGUGGAUAAUGAAGAUGUUAAAGACAGCAAAGAAGAAGCCAUCGAACCAGCAAGUAUAAGCAACGAUUUUCUGAACAAUUCGCCCCAGAUUAAACCUCAGGACGUGGUGGACAAACUAGGAGACCUCUCAAAAAUAGAUAUUUCUGCAGAAGUAACAAAGUUGUUAACUUCUAUGAGCCAAAAUCGUAACCAGUUUCCUUUUGGGAAUAAACCAGCAGUCCCACAAGUACCUGAAGUUACACCGAAUACCACUCCUCCAAGGACUGCUCCGGAAGUACGAGAUCCAAGAGUUUCAAGACAGGAUCCUAGAUUAAUCCAAGAGAAGAGUGACCCUGCAAGGGUGGAUCCCAGAUUGUCAACAGAUCCACGACAACGGCGAAGGCAGAGUUCGACUGAAACUGCUCCGAGACCAGAUAAAGUGACCAUUUAUGAACAAGGUACUUUCGACAAAAAUAGUUCUUCUGACGAUGAUAUUGAUAUUAGAGGUUUAAGAUCUGAUGUCGAUCUUAGAAGUCUUCAACUACCAUUCAAAGGUAUUCAAAACUACACCCCAGCUUCAGAGAUCGAUGCCAGCUUUAACUCGCACCCCCCUUUAACGUGGAAACUGGCAAUAGCAGAAAUACCAAGGCCUGAUUAUACUGGUCUAAAACUCAGUAUAAGCGAUGCUGAAAAAACUGGAGAUCCUAGAUUAAGAAAAAUCUUCCGCCUCAGCAUCGAGGAACGGGACACUCCUUUAAGUCCGAAGGCCAGCCCGAAAGCAAGUUCUUCUACCGUGCGAGUUGAUCCUCGCUUAAGGAAAACGGAGGAAUCUAGAUCUGAAUCAGUAGUAGCAACUUCGAUGAAUUUUAACCAACAAAUAACAAUGAUCAGAAGUUCUCCCUUUUAUCAGAGUUUAACCAGUCAACAGAAGUUGCUGUUGAACCAAGAACUAAGUCUGCGCAACGAUUCAUCCAAUAUGCACGACCCAGUGCUGAACAGUCUUCUAUCUAACUUAGACGCUAUUCCUGGAUCCAACACACAUCCAACUCAUAGUUUGAGUGCAGCACUAUCUAUUCUUAACAACGCUAGUUCGAAAAUGAAUCCCAUGAUGAACCAAAAUCCUGCAAUGAUGCCUCCCAUGGGGCCAAACAUGAACCAGCCAGGAUUAUUAGGAGCUGCCCCUGGCAUACCAAACAUGCAUCCAGAAUUUCCGAUCAACUUCGAUCCGAGGAACGGAGGAUUAUUAGGAAAUGCACCAAUGCCCUUCGGCGGUUUCCCCCAACAACAGGAACCACAAAACUUUAACUACAACGAUGACUAUUAUCCACCCGAGAACCAGGGAGGUUUCCGUGGUGGUAAUAGAGAAAUGAGAGGAGGCUUUAACAGGGACAGGCGAAGUCGAGGUAGAAAUAGCUACCACAGUAGGCACAAUGGCAAUAGAAACUUUAGAAACAAUAGGAAUCAUAGGUCAAAUAGAACUCAUUCGCCUCCAUAGGGGUGCAUUAUUAAUUUAGUUUUUAAAUAUAUAACUUCUUCCUUGUAUAUAAAAACAUUGUUAUAGGUAAUUUAGUAUUUUUGUACGAAAUCAUUCGACUGUUCAAAGUUGAGUACUUUUUUUUACUUCAAACGAAAAGAGACCCAGUAAAAUUAUUUAAUUUAAUUACUUAUGUAAAUAUACUAUGUUGUGAUCAGUUAUUUUGUACCAAGUUUUGAUUCUUUAUCAGAUUUUUAUAGGUGGGGAAAGGUUAUUAAUCACUUCUUAAAAGAUGAUAAUUAAAGCGAUUUUUUUUACAAAUUUUUUGGAAUAAUCGAUGGAGGAAUAAAGGUCUGUAAAUCACACAACAUAAAAUUGAAUCCACUGUGUAACUUUAAGCUGAAUUAUGUUUUUUAAAGGCUUAGUACUCAUCUGUGGAGUAUUAAACAGAAUCAUGGUUUUUAAAGCCUUAGUACCACUAGCGAUAAAGUACCAUUUUAUCGUCUGAGAAUGUGCUUAUUGUGGCUUUAUUUUUUUGUUUUGACAUAAGGUGUGUGUAGAAGAGCGCAAAACACAUGUUAAAAGUUAGUUGAGUCGGAACUUAUAUUUUUGUAAAAAAAAUGUCUGUGAAAAAGAUGUAAAAGAUAGACGUUACAUACCUUUUUUAAAAUUUUAUCCUGUGUAUCUUGGAAAGUAUCAUCUACUACAAAAAUAGAUCCCAGUAAAAUUGUUCGUAGUUGAAUUUAAAUCAAAAGUUGCUUGUACAGUGAAUAAAAAAAUUGAAACAGUGAGAAAUGAAAAUUCGCGAAGAACAGUUGUAAAAAUAAGUUUUCCUGAAAAUUCGGUAUACAAAAUUAGAAUUUCGUCCUAUUAGAGGUAAAACUCACUAACUACACUUUUCAGAAAGUGGAGAAAAAUCGAUUUAAAGGUACAAAUUGUUUUUUAAAUUCACCUGACUUGAAUAUUGAAAUUAUUUUAAUUCAACUUUAAAGAAUAAAUAAAAACAGAUAUUUUAAGCCAUAUUUCGUCACAGGAACUAUGAUACAAUCAAUAUUAGAUCAAUUUUUGUACUUAAUGAGUUUUUCCAUGACCACAAUUAUUGGAUAUUGAUAUCCUAUUAGAGGUAAAACUCACUAACUACACUUUGUACUUGAUGAGUUUUUCCUUGAACACAAUUAUUGGAUAUUGAGAAGUUAAUGAAUUUGUCUCCAUAAAAUUUCGCUGACUUACAAUAAACGAACUAUCAAAAAUAACAAUCUAUUAUUUAAAAAAUGAACAAUAAGUUUCGUUCUUCGAAGAUAAAUGCAAUUAUUUCGGCAUUUAUGACAGCCACAAAAGUCGCCUGCUUAAUUGCAAAAUAGAUUAUGUUACCUUUUAUGUAAGCUAUCACGGUUACAAAGAAAUUUAAUCUCAUAUUGCUUUAAUCAAUUGCCGAACAGAUAAUGCACACAAAUAUAAUGUAUAGUUUGUACAGUUUCAACAGUACAAUGUAAUACACAAGUCGACUGCUUAAUCGCAAAUAGAUUAUGAUAUCUAAUGUAUUGUUUGAAAGAUCACGAAGUACCGAUUCGGCAUUCCAGAUUGUAAGGAAAAUUUCACUAAAUGCAAUAAUAAGUUUUAAUGAGUUUUACCCUGAAACCGAAAUUCACAAUAUUGCACUCCAUAUUGGAAGGAAUAAUUCACUAAGUGCAAUAAUACGUUUUAAUGAUUUUUGCCCUGAAACCAAAAUUCACAAUAAUGCACUUAGUGAAUUGUACCAUAAAUUAUCUCAGCAAUUAGAAGGGUGACUUCUCCAGAGCUGGGCAGUACCGUAUUGAGUUCAAAUUGAUGAAAAUGUCAAAAUCUCAAAAAAGUGCACUUAGUGAGUUUUACCUCUAAUAGGACGAUUUAUCUCCAAGACGAUGAUGCAAGAAAAAUGCUAUGACAUACUAUUGCUUCUUUUUCUUCUGGUAGCACUACAACCCAGGGUGGGUGUUGGCUGACUGCACAACUAGCUUCUAUCUCGAACGGCAGCCCGAUUGAUCUUCCCAUCGCAUUCGUGGGCGUUCUUCCUGUAUGGGCUUCCUCCCAGAUCAGUUUGACAAGGCGGUUAUUAGGGAGUCUAUGGGCAUCAUAUCCUAUUGUUCGUCCGCUAUUACUUUUCCCAUGCGUCACGAUUCAUUUUCAAACAAAUUAAGUCAAAACAUAAAGUGAAACGAACGUCGAUGUGUAUAUACAUUUUGUAUACUGUAUACUAUAUACUACACACAUCGGCGUACGUUUCACUUUAUGUUUUGACUUAAUUUGUUUGAAAAUUAAUCGUCACGCAUGGGAAAAGUUAUAGCGGACGAACAAUAGACGCUGAUAUUUAAUUUCUUGGACUACGUCGCUCGCCCUAUACAUCUGUUUGACCUCAGCAUUUGUUCUCAUUCGAAGGGUACAGGUCCAUAAAGAGCUAAGUCGCCAAAUGUUUAUUUCAUACAAAACAAAGUUUAAACUUUAAAACCAGUUAUUGAUCAAUUAUUGAUAGUUAUCAUGAAUUUUGUUGAUUAGAUCAGUUACUUGGGUAAUUAAUUAGACACACACAAGAAAUUAAACUUAUAUUGAUCUUAUGCAAAAUAGAACAUAAGCCUUAAUUGGUCGAACCACGAAACAUUAUUGGCCUAAAGGGGCUAAGUAAAAAAAACAAGUUAAAAUGACAAGUAGACAAAAGUUAUUAAUAUGAAAUAAAUCUAAUUCUUGGGCAGGUUAAAAAAAUUGUUUUGCUUCUUCACCACAGAAUCCUUUUAAAUCUUAGACAUUUCAAUUUUUUAGCCGAGGCUUGGUAUCAAAGCUAAUGGUAGGGGAGCCCAAGUGGGGAUUUUUGUAGUUACUCGAGCGCGUCAGAAAAUCACAUGGAGUGAAACCUUGUACCCUGUAAAUGUACCCCUACCAUAUAUUGGAUCUUAAUACAGGGGAGUUCGUUAGGGUGGGUCCGAAAAAAAAUAUAUCCUUAGAAAAACUGGAAAUCGUCAGAUUAAGAUAAGGUUAGUCAAGUACAUGCAGAACAGUGUAUAUUUCAACAGUGUAUAUAUCUGACGGUUUGAGCGGGGCGUAAGGAAAUGAGCGAGUCACAAUAUAUUUUUUUUAAAUGUAGUUUUUUAUCUAAUUUUUUUAAAAAAGUAGGAUUGAUCAAUCUAAAGAAGUCUCAGCUUGUUGUUUGGAGUUUAUUAAGCUCAUUUUUUUAUCCGGUUCGAUGUAGGAAUGCCCACGAACAGGGAAAGUAACUUUAACAUAAUCAAGUCUACGUGUAUUGUGGACAAUAUAAUGCAAAAAAUGAAACAUGGUGUAAUUUUUAUUUUGUCCCCCACACCGUACCGUAAUCGAUCCACAUAAGCAUGAGUUCCGCUCGUUAAUAGAAGUCAUUAUUUUAAAAUUCUUGAGUACAGUUUUUCUUGCUUCUUUGGGCACAUUUUGAAAACAUUGUUUACGACAAUUAUUACAGAUUUCAACUCGUGACUCUACAGUCUAAUUUUUUCAUGACAUCUCUCAUUAUGCCGUGCUUUUUCCUCUUUUUUGAUUCAUUCUGUCUAGGCUACUACUUCGGUCUCACUUCCACUAUAACUGUUUUCUGUAUUCAUUGUUAUUUACUUUAAAAGCAUUUGGAAAACAUUGAGUGGAAUGCAUAAAACGUAGUUCCUGCUAAUACUUCAAGUAUGUACUAAUUUGAAGAUUUUACUACACUUACAAAUGCUUUGUAAGUGUUUUACUACACUUAUAAAGCAUUUAAUGCUUUGUAAGUAGAGUAAAAUUUUCAAAAAUGUAGUACACACUUGAAGCAUUAGCAGGUACUACGUUUUAUGCAUUCCACCCAAUGAAAACACUAGUUACACCAACGAGUCUAACUCUAAACUGCUUGUAUUAGAUCAAUGUCUAUCAGCUGGUUAUAUGGACUUUACCCUUUUAAGACCUGCCUGAUAAGGACUUGCCCGCUAUUGGCGGUGUAUGCGUAAAUUAGAAUUAUUUCAAGGCACUAAGCGCUUUUAGGACGUGUACAAGCCGAUGGCUAGUUCUACGUUAAAAUGCCUACAAAAUGGCACCACUAGAUCUAUUUAUGUAAUACUAGGACUUUCCCCCUUUUGGACAUGUACCCUUCAUUCGGUAUUGGUUUUUUCUUCUGAUAAUUUUUUUCUCAAAUCAUGUAAGUUUUCUUUCAAUUGCUUUGGUCAGGCUUACACCUAUACAUGAACACCUGUCUAAUCACUGUUUUAUAUAUUCUGAUCUUUGAUGCUCGUGUUAGGCUCUUAGAUUUGGCUCUUGUGGAGGCUAUACAUACAUCUGUUUGCUGCCUAAAUUCUUCCUUUAAUCUCUUCCGUGAUAUCGUUAUCUGUAUGAUAUACUAUUGCGUCUCUUUAUUAUAUUGAACAGUUGUGUUGUUUGGCUCAGCUGUCCGAGGUCCUCCUUAUUUUUAACUCUAUCGACCCAGCCCAUUUUUAGUAGUCGUCGGUAUACCCACAUCUCAAAGGCUUCCAAGCGUUUAAGCCUAGCCUCACUUAAGAGUCCACGCUUCCACUCCAUACAGUAGGGCUGAAAAGAUAUAGCAAUAUGUCAUUCGAACACGAAGCUCAAUACUAACAACGUAGCUGCAAAGUAUGGUCUGUGCUCCUAUAUGGCAUGGAAGGAUGGACUUUAAAAAUAAACACAAUGAAUAAGCUAGAGGCAUUUGAGAUGUGGAUUUAUCGACGAAUCCUUAAAGUUCCCUGGACCGCACGAAUAACAAAUGAAGAAAUCCUGAGAAGAAUUGGUACAGAACGACAACUGCUAUGCACAAUUAAACAGAGAAAAACGGCAUACCUGGGGCACCUAAUUAGAAACGAAAGAUACCAAUUUCUGCAAAUCUUAAUUAAAGGAAAGAUCGAAGGAAGAAGAGGAGUGGGCAGGAAGAAAAUGUCAUGGCUCCGUAAUGUCAAACAAUGGACAGGACUAUGAAACAUAGGAGACCUAAUACAUACUGCAAGGGAUAGAGAAAAAUAGUCAAACGUGAUAGCGAACAUCCAUUAGUGGAUUGCGUAAGAAGAAGACGAAGGCUGCAAAGUUCGUUUCCCAUUUUUACAGUUUGUUUUAUUCGGCUUCUAAUUUCUGCGGUUGGAUCCCAGCUCUCAUUGAUAUUAUUGCCGAGAUACACGAGUUUCUUUACUCUGUCGAGUGUGGCAUCUUCGACUUUUAUACCGUCAUCCUGUAUAUUUAUACAUAAUUUUGUUUGCUAACUAUCAUAUAUUUAGUUUUCUUAACGUGGAGUUUUAAUCCAUACUGAUCACAGAUGUGUUUUAUUUUGUUCAUUAAACUUUGAUGGACCCCGCAAUUAGCCAGCACUAAGGUAUCGUCGGCAUAUCUAAUAUUUUUUACGGUUACUCGAUUCACAAUAAUACCUUUUAUUGUCUCCAUUAAGGCUUCCUUAAUAUUUCCUCAAAAUACAAGUUAAAGAGUAAAUGCGAUAGUAUACAGCCUUGUUUCACUCCGUUUUUUAUAUGUAUUUCAUCCGACAGUUCUUAUUCAACUUUUAUUCUUGCCACUUGAUGCCAGUACAUAUAUAUUAUUUGUAAUUAUUCAUAUAUUGUCCAAUCCAGCUGUUUUCAAUAUUUCUAGCAUUUUAUUAUGUCGGACCUUGUCAAAAGCGUUUUCAAAAUCGAUUGCACAGUCAUGACAAUUUUUGGUGGCAUUUGUUAAGUAAAUCGUGGCAAAUAUCAAAAAACACUUACAGUUCGUCUAAUUUACUUACCGUUGCACGUCAUUAUCUACGUUAGAGAUCUAAGUUAACAUUGUUGCCCAAUUACAAAAAAUUCUUGAAUUCACUUUAAAUCAUACGUCACACAAUUUUUGCAGAAGUGGAUUAUACAGCAAAACAAAUUAUUAUUCAAUGUAAAUAAAUAAAGACUUUAGAAAUAGAAAACAGGAAUUAAGUUAUAAUCUUACGUUAAAGUACAUAAUAAAAACAGUAAAUAUAAUAAAACAAAUACUUAUAGUAAAGAAUAUAAACAAAUGUGAAGUGUCAUCCCCGCAACUGUCAAAUAAAUGUUACCAAUUUAUGCCAAGUUAUCACCUUCGUUCGAUUAUAGUUACAGUGUAUUCCGAACAAAUGUGCUUCAUAAAAGCGCUUUAUAAUCCAUUUAUACAAAUUAAAUGAAACAUAUUAUUGUGUAUUUAUUUAAGUUAACAUUAAUAGACAUCUUUAAAUAUUAUUUCUGCGCGUAUAUAAUAAAAUAUGUCUAGUGGCUGUAAUGCCAGUGUACUCGGCAAAGUGAUUAUAAAAAAGAACACACCUACCGCCUAAAUAUUUCGUGUUGGUAUCAUGUGCCGUCACGGGCUAUGACGCGUAUGACGUGCAACGGUAAGUAAAUUAGAUGGAGUAGAGUAGUAACUAACAUCACUGAUUCGUUACUGACUGAAUUCGCGAUGAAAAACAAAGUAUCUGACCUCUGCUGGAAUAAAUUUGAACCACUAUAAGUGGUAUAAACAAACCAGAAAAUUGUUGAUUUGAAUGGAAUUUGGUCACUUUUUAAAAAAUUUUAGUAAAUUUCAGCAUUAUGAGCACAUUAAAAUAUUUUAAAUCAAAUCAGUAUUGUUCUAUUCCUUAAUUGAAUGUUUGUUUAUACCAUUUAUAUCGGCCAUUUUCCUGCAUUCGACCUGCCCUCUAUAUUCCGUUUCAAUCGCGAAUACACCGAUCUUCCGUCGCAGGGGAUUAAUAAUUACUUGGUACAAUAUAACUUAAAAUAAAUAGGCUUCUUGUAAUUGUGCCAAUAAAAUUUUUAAGCCUUUUGGGGAAAGGUUAUUCAUUUGGGGACUUUAUAUUUGACCUGUAAGUAUCAAAUAUAAGACUGAACUGCACUGAUUGUAGCUAAUGUCUUUGUAAAGAAACCAAACGAGUGCAUGAAAGGUAAUGAAACUUGUUUUGUAUAUUGUCGAAUACUGUAUAAUAUGUUGAAUUCUUUAUUUAUUAGUAUUUAUUUAUGUUAUGUAAGGUAGUGAUUUAUCAUGAACAAAGACUUCCGUGGUAUUUUCUUUGUUUACGCCGUGUUUAUUUCAAAUAAGGCAGUGACGUAACGACUUAACCCAUUCGCUGCCUAUCUAAGAGAAUGGAACUCGGCUAGGAGCCAUUCUGUUAAACGGCACCUGAUUGAAAUAACCAUAUCACUCGCUGGCGCGUGAACGGCACCUGACUGAAGUAACCAUAUCACGCGCUGGCGCGUGAUCGGAAGCGAAUGGGUUGAAUUCCGAUAGAUUCAAUCAAAAAAGACAAAAGAGUAAUACUAUCAAUGUUUGAACUUGUUGUAAUGCGAAGUUAUUAAUUUUCCUGCAGAUUUCUAAGCCAAAAAUAAUUUUAGAGAUAGCUUAUCGAAGGUUUUCCAGUGCAUACUGGAUACCCGAAGAAUACCCUUUGAUAAAAUUUAUAGAAGUUUCUUUCCAAAAAUAUUUAGUUUGUAGCUACAUAUUCCAAAAAAAAGGUAUUAUCAUAUAAAUUUUCACUACUAUCAAAAUUAAUAAAACAAACUCAGAAUAUGCUGAAGUUUCGUCGUGCAAGUUUUAAAAAAUUUCGUCAUUUUAUCUGCAUUACUAAAUUAUGGUAAUAGAACAAUCGCGAUCGCAGGUCUAUCCGAAUAACAGAUCACACUGAUUAACACUUAGCAGAAUAAUGUUUUUGCAGAUACAUCACUGAAUGAAUACCGAGCUUUCGAUCGUUUAGCCGAAAAUACUUAAUUUCUUCUUUUUCGUGACAGGCUGUACAAGACGGGGUGAGUCUUCGCUGCAUCCACUAUAGCCCUCCACGAUCGUGCGCUUGCAUUUCCCAUUGUUGUACCCCAAUCCUAGAUAAAUCGGCUUCAACAUCAUCCUUCCAUAUUUUUCUGGAACGGCCUACUGAUCUUCUACCGUCUGCUCUCUCAAAAAUACUGUCUUUAACACUCUCGUGCCUUCCUCUGAUCUACCACAUGACCUGCCCAUUUUAUCUUAGCUUUUAUAUGUCUGACGAUGUUUUCAGUAAUACAGAGUCAGCAAUUCAGCAUUACGGCGCCUUCUCCACUCUCCUGUCACUUCAUCUCUUUGACGGCCAAAUAUCAUUUCGAGAACCUUCCUUCCACAUACCAGCAGUUUAUUUAUUUCCCGCUUAUGUAGAAUCCCUGUUUCGCUUCCAUAUGUAACAACUGGGCGAAUACUUCACAUGUACCGGGUGUCCCAAUAAGAAUGGCCCUCGGUCAUAUCUCAGGAACCGUUUAUAGUACAGCUUUGAGAAAAAAAUAUUUAUAACAAAAGUUGCCUCAGAAAAAGCCUGGAAAUUAUUUACAUAAUUGUAGGUCCACCACUAGAGGGCGUAAUUGAAUAUCAAAAAUUAAAAAAUCAAAAUUUUACAAAAUUUGCCUAAUGAAAGGGCACUGGAAAUCCCAUUAUCGUAAUCUUAAUAAAAUUCUGCGCAUAUUUGAUUUCACAAGUUUAAGUCUACCUUUGCAAAUAAGAGGUGGGUGUGAGUGGGAACCUUCUUAUGAAAAAAUGGCUGUAAGUCCGGUUCUGCUAAAUCGAAUUUUGCACACUUGGUCUUGUUGAAAACAGCUCUUUUUCGUCAAUGUAAGUGUCUUAUUUUCGAAAUAGCCUAAUAAGUAAUAUGCAAGCUGGGAGGUGUUAUUUAAUUAUUUUCAGAAAUCUAGUUUUCUUCGGAAAAUAUUAAAUACAAGUAUGCAUUUUUAUUUCUGUAUUACAAAAUUAGACCAAAUUAGCAACAGAAUACCGAAAACCGCAUGUCGAUACCUUUUUUCUAUCUCGAGAUAUCUUAAGAAAUCUGUAAAUUUUAAACAUAACUGUUACUGUCACCGGUAAACCAGGUUAAGGAAAAGUAGUGUGCUAUGGAAAAAACAAAUAAACAUUUUCCAGAUGUAAACGUAUAUAAUUAAUUAAAACAACAAUAAGACAAACAACACUAUAAAAUAUAACAAAGAAAUAAAAGCAACUACUUACUUAGUACUUAGUGACUGCCUAAAUGUUCAAAUUUUUGCCCAUCACUUUCGAUGCAAGCAUUUACUCUUUCAAGAGCAGAUUGAAUAGCAACACAUUUAACUAUUUUAGUCUUUUAUUUAUGGGGACGGAUUAAAGAUCUUGUUUUUGCCGCUAGGCCCACUACUCGAGAAAACAUGAUCUAGAAAAUACGAAACGCCAUUCAAAGCAUUGAGAAAGCAGAAAUUGAGACUGCUGUUCAAUCUUCUCUUGGAAGAGUAAAUGCUUGCAUCGAAAAUGAUGGGCAACAAUUUGAACACUUUGGUCGUCACUAAGUAGUAGUUGCUUUUAUUUCUGGUCUUGUUUGUCUUAUUGUUUGUUUAAUUAAUUAUAUACGUUUACAUCUGGAAAAUGUUUCUUUGUUUUUUACAUAGCACACUACUUUUCCUUAACUUCGUUUACCGGUGACAUUUACAGUUGUUUAAAAUUUACACGUUUUUUAAGAUAUCUCGAGAUAUAAAAAAGAUAUCGGCAUGCGGUUUUCGAUAUUCUGUUGCUAAUUUGGUCUAAUUUUGUAAUACAGGAUUAAAAAUGCAUACUUGUAUUUAAUAUUCUCCAAAGAAAACUAGAUUUCCAAAAAUAAUUAAAUAACACCUACUAGCUGGCAUAUUACUGAUUAGGCUAUUUGGAAAAUAAGACUCUUACAUUGACGAAGAAGAGCUGUUUUCAACAAGACUAAGUAUGCAAAAUUCGAUUUAGCAGAACCGGACUUACAGCCAUUUUUUCAUAAGAAGGUUCCCACUCACCUCCACCUCUUAUUUGCAAAGGUAGACUUAAACUUGUGAAAUCAAAUAUGCGCAGAAUUUUAUGAAGAAUACGAUGAUUGGAUUUUCAAUGCCAUUUCAUUAGGUAAAUUUUGUAAAAUUUUGAUUUUUUAAUGUUCAAUUACGCCCUCUAGCGGUGGACCUAGAAUUAUGAAAAUAAUUUCCAGGCUUUUCCCGAGGCAACUUUUGUUAUAAAUAUUUUUUUCUCAAAGCUGUACUAUAAACGGUUCCUGAGAUAUGGCCGAGAGCCAUUCUUAUUGGGAGACCCGGUACAAUCUUAAUUUAGAUUUUCUGUUUAGCAGCUUAUAUCUUAAUAAUGAUGGUAGGGAAUAUAUGAGUAUAAUGCUCUAUUCCCUGCAGAUAUCCUUGCUGAGAACUCUUUUUGUAUGUGGUUGUCGUCUGUGAUUACCGCCUCCAGAUAUUUAAACUCUUUUCCAUUUCCAAGUCUAUCUAUAAGUAAGCGAGUUUCCUACACAGAAACAGAGGCUCUGUUUCUCGCAUUUCUUCUACCACACUAGUUGUCUCGUUUCAAUUCUGUCUACACUGGAAUAUGUAUACAUAUAGUAUUUGUCCUCCUUCUAAUAUCUUCAAUCCUGAUGUGAUCUUUUUUGGAUAUUAUACCACACGCUCUCCUUAGAUAAUGCAUUUCUACUACUUCUAUUCUUUUUCUAUAUUUUUUCGUGAUCUGCCAAACUUCUGCCUUAUAAAUCAUAAUAGGCUCUACCAAAGUUCGACAGAUUGUCAAUUUCGUUUUUUGUCUUAUUGUUCUCCCUUCGUUUUCUAUGUCUUGAUCUGGGGAAGUACGGAAAAUUUUAUAAACAUCGACAUUAAGAAGAGUCACAUGAUGUUAAUUAAGUUUAUUAUCAAAAAGUGACGUUACUGCCUUAUUGAAAUAAUUGAUUAUUAAAUUAUAUUAAUUCUAAUUUUCGUUAUAUUUUUUUAAUUCUAAUUUUGUAGUGUAUGUAAGCGCGAAAAAUUAUUUACGAUGCAAAAAUGCAAAAGGACCAAUACGGUAGCUAGUGGAUUUUCUCUUUAGUAUGGCUUUAGUUAUUAUUUCUAUAAAGACGUUAUAAACCUAUCUGCAAUUAUAUGCAAAAUAAAUCAAUGAUAUUGUGUUAUUAUACUUAAUUGUAGGAUAUUUAUAUAUGUAUAAGAAAGUAAAGAAUCUUAACAGAAAUAUAUUAUUUUUUGUCUUGAAAUUUGUUUAAUUCAAACUUUGAGAGAGUGAGAUCACAAUAAUUAUUAUGUCCUUUACUAAUAAUACACAGUGAUGAGUGCCAAGAACAGGCAAAAUAACGCAAAGGAUGGAAAACAUAUGAAGUUGUGAAAUAGUACGACAUAAAGUCGUCUCUUAUACGUGGCUAGUUGACUUCAGUCUUAACGACGUAUGACGUUGAAAACAUUAAAUUUUAAUUUCCCAUGUUAAAAACCCCUCUGUGGCUAAGUGGUAAGAGCGCCUACCUUUGGAUCGAAUGGUCGUGAGUUCGAAUCUCACCAAGGUCAGAAAUUUUUCGUUUAUUAUAAAUUAAUAGAUGAAGAUAGUUUCUGUCCUUGAGGGACCGCAGACGUACGGAUACAAUUAGCGUCUCUUUGCAAAGACAAUGACGUCGACUUUGCAAAGUAACAAGACACUUACUCAACACACACACACACUACAUAUUACACUAGGAACCUGAUUGCAAAAAUCCACUGUACCAUGCCAAUGGCCAUUAGUUGUCGAGGCAAUAAGCUAAAUAGACAAUGACGUCGACUUUGCAAAGUAACAAGACACUUACUCAAUACACACACUACACAUUAUUCCCCUGAGUUAGUGAUAAGUUAUAGUCUAAAAAAUCAUUAUGAAAUUGACUGGCCAGUUGGUUGUGAAAACCAGUGCCAAUAAAACACACACAAUUUCCCACGUUAGGACAAAAAAUGAUUGAAUAAAUUAAGACAGAUGAUAGUAAAAAAACAUUAAUUAGUAGCCAUUUUAAUUAUAAAUCAAACUAAUAAUAAAAAUAACUCAACUAAAAUAUUUUACUAAACGUCAUACGUACAUAUAUGUAUAAUUAUGACUGAAGUCAACUAGCUCUUAAGCUAACGUAUACAGGUGAGAAACUGUCAUGUAAUAUAGUGUAAAUUUAUCGGUUUCUAACGAUAAUUUCUCACCUUUAUUAGCUUCAUUUCUUUUUAUUUUCACAACGUAUUAGGGAGCGUUCAAGUAUUACGUAACGCGAUUUUUGAAGAUUUUUGACCCCCUACGUAAUGCACUGUAAUGGGCGUUUAACUAUUGCGUAAUGCAAUUUUUGAAGAUUUUUGACCCCCCCUCCCCCCAACCUGUGUUACGUAAUACUUGAACGCUCCCCUAGGUCUUCCAGCUUUUGCGUUAUUUUGCCGGUUUUUGGCGCACUCAUCACUGUAUAGGCUCAAAAUAUUCGAUUCUUGCAACUUUUAAGUACAAUAUCAUGCUUCAUCACUAGAUGUUACAUUUUCAAGAGUCUGUAGCGUGUAGCGAGAGGAAAAAGACAAUUUGAUUCGUUUUCAUAUUCACCUUCGAGGUCCUCCUGAUUUCCAUAAACUUACUAAUGUCUCAUAUAAGGGUGAUUCCCAUUUUGACAUUUUUAAUAAUCCCCCUCCGAGUAUUAUCAAGAUUAGUGAAUACCCUCCAACGUUUAUUUUUUAGUUAUCUUAUUAGUUACCUACUAUAUUAUUUUAUCUAUUAUCCUUUUCUUUAUCAAACUUUUCUGACUUUGAUGAUUUUUAGCAGCUCCCUAUCUCUAUCUAUUCUCCUCAGAACAUUUUCGUUGGUGGUGUGGGUUGUCCCAGGUAUUUUCAAUAUUCUUCUAUAAAGCCAGAGUUCAAAGGCUUCUAACUUAUUCAUCAGUGUUAUGUGGAUUGUCCAGGGCUCCGUUCCAUACAAAAGUAUUGGCCAUAGCAAUGCAGAAAGCGACGUGUAAGGCUGAUAUUAAUGCUACUGUUACAAAAUAAGCUUUUCAUUUUGAUAAACCCUUGGGCUACCUCUGUUCUCGCUCUUACUUCUUUUUUCUAAUCAAGUUGAUUGUUGAACCAGCAACCAAGAUAUUCGUUCUUACAUUUAGGUUUUAACAGUUUCUGUUAAAACCUAAAUGGUGUUCAAAAACACUAGUUGGUGUUCUGUUAAAACCUGAAUGGUGUUUGCCCUUUCAAAAAUUGGUAUUCUUUUAGCACUAUCGUAUAUCUCUCGUAUUUGCACAAUGCAGCAUGAAGACUCAAAUCGACGUUCGGUCUAUUUUUAGAUUAUUUAGAUAGUCAGUGGGUUUUUUUGAUUAUCUCUCACUAGCAGACUUGAAGAAUACUACUAAAUUGAUCCAUAAAUGUCUUAUAUUACUGUAGGUAUAGUAUAAUUGCAUGUUUUUGACUGCUUUGCAUAAGCCUAAUUUGACUUUCGGAUGUAUGUCUUUUCAGUCAUCCUUCCGUCAUAAAUUACUCUCUCCCAUAUUUUUACAACUCUAUUUGUCCCAUCUUUAUAAUUAAAAUACAGCAAAUCUGUGAACCAUCAUUUUCUGUUUCACCAUUACGGUUCCUGUGUAUAUUAGUUAUCUCGCAAACUCAUCACUCAAUAAGCGAGCGAAGUAACUUCUACACUUUUGCAUACUUUUCGUGCAACAGUAUUUUGUCUUGAUUUUCAUAUAUCUAAUCUGGUUAAACCCUUUUACUUUCUGUUCCCCAUUCGGUUUUUUUAUAUAAUAUCUCUCUUUUGCCUUCUUUGGUAUUAAGUUUGUAGUAUGGAUUUUUACAAGCUUCUGCCUUCCUGUUCUCCAAAUUUGGCCAUUUUUACUUUUUAGAUAUUUCUCUUUGCCUUGAGUAUUAAGUUCAUAGUACGGAUUUUUACAUGAUUCUACCUUGCCACAGCUACUUUCAGUAACUGUUAACACCUAGGAAUAUAAUGUUGAAAAUCUUAUGGACCUUUUUGGGUUUCUUUUAUAUUUUUCCAUGGGCUACGUUUAACCCACUCAAAAAGGAGAAUCUGGUCUACCUAUUCUCCUUUAUUUUUCGGUAGUUUUUUAUUAACAAUUUCUACAAGUUUUAUUAGGACUUUUUUUGUCCUGUCUUAUUUUCUCUUCUAUUUUAUAAUUUAUUUACAGUCUUGUAUUUUAACCUGUUUCUCACCUAGAUGUUUUCUCACCUUUUAACAUGCACUGCAACUUUGUGAAGUUGAUCUCCAACUAUGGUUUUUCUCGUAACUACUUUCAGCAACCCGUAAAUCCUUUAAAAUUCUAAUUUAAAACUAUAUUUGAUUGUAGUAAGGACUUUUAAGCCUUGAUAAACACGCGAUAGAAAAAUAUAUACUUCAUUGAUAUUACUGAGGCAUACACUACAAAUAUUAAUUUUCAUAUUUGUAUACUUUUGUUAUAUUUUGUAAUCGGUUGUAUAUUGAAUAUAUAUCACAAAAUGAUUGUAUAUACUGUAAAUAAAUAAAUUUUUUGAUACGA